AGACUAGUAACAGCUGAUAGUCAAACCCUUGCAGACUCGCAGUAAGUUUCGAUUUUGGCUUGUUGCAGUCGACCAGUUAGCAACUGAGAGUCCCAUCACUGUGACAACUACCUAAAUCGAUUUUAUCAGAAAUUUCUUCAGAAAUCAAGUUGACUCAAGGAUGUCUGCAGCUCGCUAUAAAUUACUUACUAUUCACAAAAUAUCUCCGCUAAUUUGGACUAGCAACAGCAACAGACUUUAUCAAGGCUUUAAUAAAGGAGCCCUAUCCUUAAAAUAUAUCCAACGAAGGUCUAUCUACUCAAGUAUUUGGCUUUGCAAAACGGGAUCUAAUAUUCCAACAGAUCCCCCUACUGGAGGUAAAGGAAGAACAGGAAGCUCUUCAAAAGGAGCCGGAAAAGACAACCACUUCUGCUGCCCCAAAUGUGGAAACCCUUGCACCAACGUUGAAACUUUUGUUUCUUCUACUAGAUUUGUAAAAUGUGAAAAAUGCCACCAUUUCUUUGUGGUGUUGUCAGAGGUGGAUCAAAAGAAAUCAGUUAAGGAGUCACAAGAAGCAGCUGCUGAAGUUAAACCUGGACAGUUUAAGAAAGCUCCACCACCUCCCAAAAAGAUAUAUGAAUAUUUGAAUCGCCAUGUGAUUGGUCAAGAAUGGGCAAAAAAAGUCCUAUCAGUUGCAGUUUACAAUCACUACAAACGGAUUUUCAAUAAUUUGCCUAGUAUUCCUAAGAAGGGAAAUGAAGAACAAGAAGUACCUGCAGCAAAUCAAAAUGGAAGGGGUAGAACAACUCCCCAAGCCUGGGCUGAUCUACUCCAAGUGACUGGAUUAGGUCAGUCUCACGGGCUAGGAGCGUCAGGUACCAUGUCCCAACAACAGACAUUGCCACCUGCAUCAGAUGAACCAAAGAAUUCAGCUGCAUCUUCCGGCAGUGAUAUAUUGGACACAAGUUCUCAUGAACUACGUCUAGAUAAAAGUAACAUUCUCAUGUUGGGACCCACCGGAUCAGGAAAGACGCUUCUAGCACAGACCAUCGCUCAAUGUUUAGAUGUUCCUUUUGCUAUUUGUGAUUGUACGACUUUGACGCAAGCUGGAUAUGUCGGUGAAGACAUUGAAAGUGUGAUUGCAAAAUUGCUGCAAGAUGCAAACUACAAUGUUGACAAAGCCCAACAAGGUAUCGUAUUCCUCGACGAGGUUGAUAAAAUCGGCGCCGUACCUGGAAUUCAUCAGUUGCGUGACGUUGGAGGAGAAGGAGUGCAGCAAGGAAUGCUGAAGAUGCUAGAGGGAACGAUUGUCAAUGUUCCUGAAAGAAACGCUCCUCGCAAACUUCGAGGAGAAACUAUUCAAGUUGAUACGACAAAUAUCCUGUUCGUUGCUUCAGGUGCCUAUACAGGACUGGAUCGUAUUGUGUCUCGCCGCAAAAAUGAAAAGUAUUUGGGAUUCGGCGCUAGUUCUUCAGGGAAUAGUGCCGGAAGACGUGCGGCUACGCAAGCAGGAAUGGCUGAAGUAUCCUCAGAAGUUGCUGACGAUGAAAGCGAAAGAGAUGCUUUCCUUCGUGCAGUCGAAGCAAGGGAUUUGAUUGAUUUUGGCAUGAUUCCUGAAUUUGUCGGUCGUUUCCCUGUGAUCGUACCUUUUCAUUCUCUCUCCCAAGACACAUUGGUCAGAAUUCUUACUGAACCUCGAAAUGCUCUAGUCCCACAGUUCCAGAUGCUCUUUGGAAUGGAUAAGGUUGAGUUAACUUUCUCCCCAGAAGCACUCAGAGCUAUUUCUAAACAAGCAAUGGAGAAAAAGACUGGCGCCCGAGGCUUGAGAGCUAUCAUGGAAACCCUAUUACUUGACGCGAUGUUUGAAAUUCCUGGUUCUGAUAUUGUAUCAGUCCAUGUCACAGAGGAUGCUGUUAAUGGCAGAAGUCAACCUCUCUUCAUCCAUGCAGCACAAAGCGUUACCAAUGAUGGUCAAGUAGCUGUUGACGACGAAGAAUUGGGACAAGCCCAAGCUGGACGGGUUUAGAUGAUACUUUGUUUUCAAACAAAAACUUUUCGUUUUCUUUCCAACGGGGCUACUUAUGGCGUAUAUAUAUCGGGAUUUCUAGACUACGUCGAUAUGUACAAUUUUUAAAAAAUGUACUAAGCCUCUCUUGUUGCCUCGUUUUAUUUUUAACUUCUUUUUGUUUAUGGGACUCGAAGCCUUUAAUAAAGUCGAUAUAACUUCA